AUGACCCUUAAAAAAUAUAACCUUUCACUGAAAAGUAAAUUUCAACCACCACCAAACAUUAAUGUCAUCGAAACAUAUAUCUCAUUAGUACAAAAGGAUAUGCAGCAACUAAGGGAACAGUCACAGGCUAAAUUUAGAUCUAACCUCACUAAAAUAGAGAAGAAUAUACUAACCAAAUUGAGCAACAGGGAUGAAAUCACAAUCAAACCGGCCGACAAGGGCGGAGCGAUUGUCAUUAUGGACACUGUGAAAUAUGAGUGUGAGAUAAAAAAACAGCUCAACGAUACCUCUGGCUAUCGUCUAAUUGAUCAAGACCCAAAGUUUGAUAUCUCUCGGAAGAUCAAACUUUUGGUAGAUGACGCGUACGCAGAGGAUAUCAUUGAUGGUCCAUUACAUGACUACUUGAUAGUCACACAUCCGGUCACUCCGGUAUUGUACACCCUACCCAAGAUACAUAAGAGCAGGGUUGAUCCGCCAGGACGCCCUAUUGUGUCCGGCAUCAACUCUGUUCUUUCACGACCAGCUAUGUUCUUGGAUGGGGUGUUACAACCGUAUGUUACAAAAGCAUUAUCUUAUGUGAAAGAUACCACCCACUUCUUGUGUAAACUGAAAGAAUUAAAGAUUGAACCUGGAGACAGGCUAGUCUCGUUUGACGUGGUCAGUCUUUACACGAGCAUUGACCAUGCUAAAGGUUUGGAGGCAGUCAGGCAUGUCUUGACUGACUCAGAAUAUACACCAGAAAUGGUAAAUUUUAUUCUGAGGUUAUUGGAGACUAUACUGACCUGGAAUUACUUUAAAUUUAAAGAUCAAUUUUUUUUACAAACGAGGGGGACGGCAAUGGGGUCUAACGCCGCACCUGUUUAUGCCAACAUUUACAUGUCAUGUAUAGAGGAUCGGUUUGUGUAUCCAUCCAGCUCCUUCAAAUUUGUGAGGGGCUGGAUGAGAUACAUUGACGAUAUCUUCUGUAUAUGGACAGGUACAGAACCGGAAUUACAUGCAUUCAAUGAGUACCUAAACAACAUUCACCCAGCUUUAAAAUUCACGAGAGUCAGUUCUAUGACCGAGCUACAAUUCCUGGACACAUUGGUAUGUGUCCAGAAUGGAAAAUUGGGCACGGACAUACAUGUGAAAAAUACUGACAAAAAUAACAUCUUAAAAUAUGACAGCUCACAUCCCCGAGAUAUGAUAAAAUCAUUACCUUACAGCCAAUUUCUACGGGUACGUAGAAUUGUCAGUGAUGAAGAAAAAGUGGAGGAUGGUUCAGAAGAGCAUCACAAUGUCUCACAGGAUGAUCAGCUUGUGAAUCCGGGUGAAGAUCGGAAAAAUAUUAAUCCUAUAGAGACAUAUGUGAGGGGCGAUGAGCAGAGUACAGAGGACAUUCCUGCAGAUAACCGCCCAGAUGACUGUACCAGGAACUUAGAGAAACAUCUGGUAUUUUCAGAUUUUGAAGUAGAUGAUUGUGGUAUCACACGAGAUACAUUUGAAGAGCAUGCCAAUAUGCAAGAUAUACCCUCAUCCAAUCGCAGAAACAAUGCAUCAUUUGAUUCUUUUAAACAGGUCCGAUCUUCUGAUUCAUCACAGAUUGCAACAGGUGCUAAACAUCAAACAGCUCACAUAAAAGAGAAGCCAUUUUCAUGUUCAGAAUGUGGAAAAUGUUUUCGAUUUAAAUCAGCUCUUAUUGUACAUCAGAGAAUUCACACAGGGGAGAGGCCAUUUUCAUGUUCAGAAUGUGGGAAAUGUUUUCACGAUAAAUCAGGUCUUGUUAUGCAUCAAAGAACUCACACAGGGGAGACACCAUAUUCAUGUUCAGAAUGUGGGAAAAGUUUUCGAUUUAAAUCGGCUCUUGUUGUACAUCAGAGAAUUCACACAGGGGAGAAGCCAUUUUCAUGUUCAGAAUGUGGGAAAUGUUUUCACAAUAAAUCAGGUCUUGUUAUGCAUCAGACAAUUCACACAGGGGAGAAGCCAUUUUCAUGUUCAGAAUGUGGGAAAUGUUUUCACAAUAAAUCAGGUCUUGUUAUGCAUCAGAGAAUUCACACAAGGGAGACGCCAUAUUCUUGUUCAGAAUGUGGGAAUUUUUUUCUCCAGAAAUCAUCUCUUGAGGCUCAUCAGAGAAUUCACACAGGAGAGAAGCCAUUUUCAUGUUCAGAAUGUGGGAAAUGUUUUAGACAAAAAUCGGAACUUGUCACACAUCAGAGAAUUCACACGGGGGAGAAGCCAUUUUCAUGUUCAGAAUGUGGGAAAUGUUUUAGACAAAAAUCGGCUUAUGUUGUACAUCAGAGAAAUCACACAGGAGAGAAGCCAUUUUCAUGUUCAGAAUGUGAGAAAUGUUUUAAGAUGAAAUCAGAACUUGUUAAACAUCAGAGAAUUCACACAGGAGAAAAGCCAUAUUCAUGUUCAGAAUGUGGUAAAUGUUUCAACCAUAAAUCAUCUCUUGCUCUCCAUGAGAGAACUCACACAGGAGAGAAGCCUUAUUCAUGUUCAGAAUGUGGGAAAUGUUUUAAGGAUCAAUCAGGUCUUGUUAUUCAUCAGAGAAUUCACACAGGGGAGAAGCCAUUUUCAUGUUCAGACUGUGGGAAAUGUUUUAAGGAUCAAUCAGGUCUUGUUAAACAUCAGAAAACUCACACAGGGGAGAAGCCAUUUUCAUGUUCAGAAUGUGGGAAAUGUUUUAAGGAUCAAUUAGGUCUUGUUAUUCAUCAGAGAAUUCACACAGGGGAGAAGCCAUUUUCAUGUUCAGACUGUGGGAAAUGUUUCAACCAUAAAUCGGGUCUUGUUAUACAUCAGAGAAAUCACACAGGGGAGAAGCCAUUUUCAUGUUCAGAAUGUGGGAAAUGUUUUAAGAAUAGUCUUGUUAUUCAUCAGAGAAUUCACACAGGGGAGAGGCCAUUUUCAUGUUCAGACUGUGGGAAAUGUUUCAGCCAUAAAUCAGGUCUGGUUAUACAUCAGAGAAAUCACACAGGGGAGAAACCAUUUUCAUGUUCAGAAUGUGGGAAAUGUUUUAAGGAUCAAUCAGGUCUUGUUAAACAUCAAAAAACUCACACAGGGGAGAAGCCAUUUUCAUGUUCAGAAUGUGGGAAAGGUUUUAAGGAUCAAUCAGGUCUUGUUAUUCAUCAGAGAAUUCACACAGGGGAGAAGCCAUUUUCAUGUUCAGACUGUGGGAAAUGUUUCAACCAUAAAUCAGGUCUUGUUAUACAUCAGAGAACUCACACAGGGGAAAAGCCAUUUUCAUGUUCAGAAUGUGGGAAAUGUUUCCACUGUAAUUCAUCGCGUCUUGUUAUACAUCAGAAAAAUCACACAAGGGAGAAGCAUUUCUCAUGUUCAGAAUGUGGGAAAUGUUUUAAGGAUAAAUCAGGUCUUGUUAUACAUCAGAGAAAUCACACAGGGGAGAAGCCAUUUUCAUGUUCAGAAUGUGGGAAAUGUUUUAAGCAGAAAUCAGGUCUUGUUACACAUCAGAGAAAUCACACAGGGGAGAAGCCAUUUUCAUGUUCAGAAUGUGGGAAAUGUUUUAAGUAUAAAUCAGGUCUUGUUACACAUCAGAGAAAUCACACAGGGGAGAAGCCAUUUUCAUGUUCAGAAUGUGGGGAAUGUUUUAUGAAAAAAUCAUCUCUAGUUAGACAUGAAAAUACUCACAUAUAAAAGAAGCCAUCUUUAUGCUUGGCCCUUUAGUGACCACCAACACAUGUUUUCUUGGUCGUCACUGGCUUUAUUUCAUCAGAUACUCCUUUUUACAGGGAGAUAAAACAGCACCUUGAUUUCAUUUACCAGAGGUAGCUGAGGGUUUGGAGCAACGAUUGGGACUAGAGUUGAGCGGACACCUGGAUGUUCGGGUUCAACAGGUUCGGCCGAACUUCGGA